AUGCCAAGAAGUACACGAAACUCUAAAUCGACAGCAGCACACGUAGCGGCCGCUAAUGGCACUGCAGGCGGCAAGACAGAAUCGCUUCUGCACAGAGCCAACAACGCAGACGAAAAUGUCUUCCUCUUCGUGCCCAACUUGAUAGGUUACGCUCGUGUUAUUCUGGCUGCUCUUUCGCUCUACUUUAUGAAGGGCAAUCCCAAGGUCUGCACCCUCCUCUACGGUGUCUCUUGUCUUCUCGAUGCCUUUGAUGGUAUGGCUGCCAGAGCAUUGGGUCAAUCGACAAAGUUCGGAGCGGUGCUCGACAUGGUCACCGAUCGCUGCACGACCGCAUGCUUGCUUUGCUUCCUCACCGCCGCCUACCCACGAUGCGCCGUCAUCUUCCAAGGCCUUAUCACGCUCGACUUUAGCUCGCACUACAUCCACAUGUACAGCUCGCUUGUCACUGGAUCGGCAUCGCACAAGAUUGUCACGUCGGACGUGUCCAAAAUCCUGUGGUACUACUACAACGACAGCAGGACGCUCUUCAUGUUUUGUGCAGGCAACGAGCUGUUCUUUGUCUGCUUGUACCUGAUGGACUUCUAUAAGAGGCCGUUUGGACUCGACAUUGAGCCUCUGCUCUUCCUCGUCCCCUCAGCGCUCAAGGCUUCUCCGUGGAUGGCGUUCAUCAUCAAAGAGACUCCCAAGCUCAGCUGGCCGCAGAUCGUAGGUGCAAUCACUUUCCCAAUUUGCGCUGCUAAGCAGAUCAUCAACUGUGUCCAGUUUUGGAAGGCGGCUAAAGUGCUCGUGGGCAAGGAUCUCGAGGAGCGACAGAAGGCCCGCAGCAAGGCGCUCUAA